UCAUGCAGCCUUGAGCCCCACUAACUGCGGCGCUCAGAGAUUAGGCGGAUGUAACAAUCACCUGAGAGGGAGAUUAAAGGCCUCUCAACUGAGUCCUUUGUUCUCGGCCUCAUUUGAUGCUCGGCGAACCACGCCGCGGAAGGUGCUUUAAAUGUUUGCCCCCAGCGCCGGGACGGCUUCGGAGAACGGGAAAAGCCCUGCCAUCAUGGAGAAGCGCUGCUUUUCGGUGGAGUGGUUGGCUCAAAGCAGCCGUAGCGAAGGCGAAGGGGAGAGGCGCGCAGUUCAGGCACGCACAGCACACGCGGCCCCGGGGCGGCGCAGCCCCGCUCACGAGAUGGAGGUGGGAGGUGGCGCGCGGCCCCGCACCAAGUUCUCGGCAGAGCAGCUGCAGGAGCUCGAGCGGAGCUUCCGCGAGCAGCGCUACAUCGGCACCAGCGAGAAGAGGCGGCUGGCGGCGGCACUAGACCUCUCGCAGAGCCAGAUAAAAACCUGGUUUCAGAAUCGCCGCAUGAAAUUUAAACGUGAGACGCAGGAUGCUAGGGUGGAAGCCCUUGUCUCAGGCCUGUUCCUGUCCUGUCACUGUUACCCGGACACGGGGGCAUCCAGCUGUCUUCAUGGGGUGGAUGUCAGCAUGUCCUCCUCUACCCCCAGCGCUCCCCUCCACCCCGCGGGGCCUGGCCCGGCCCAGCUGGUGCCCCCUGUUCCAGCUCAGCUCCCUCACGCAGCUCUGCCAGGCACAGCCUUGCUGCUCCACCCCGGCCCAGCGCUGCCUGCCUACUCUGCUGUGAUUCCAGCCGUGACUUUAACCAACGACCACAAAGGACUGAGGUUCCAGCCCUACCUUCCUUCCUGUUAACAGCGCCAAAGAUCAUCUGUAAUCUACCAAAUAUCUAAAGAGUAAUUAUUUAUUUAGUUAUAUUAAAUAUAUGGAUGACUUAUUUUUUUUCCCUAAUGUUAAAAAGAAAUAACAACCUCAAAGUAUAAUAUUGAGAGUGGAAGCAUAUGACUUGAAAUUUCUACAGCCUUCAGUUCACUGUACUGAAACACUUCUUAUCCAAAAGUUUAUUUCUAGAAAAUAGCCUAUAAUCAGGUGGGGCUCCUCACUGGAAAAAAGGGAGCACUUAUCAUAUUUCCAUAUAUACAGUAACUACAUAAUGAAAUAUGUGGAGAACAUAGUGAAUAGCUGUACGUGACUAGGGGUUUUUAAGGAAAGGCUAGUAAACAUCAAGCAAAUUAAAAUGAAAAUGAUAUAAUAGGUGUCAGCCCUCUGACCAAACACAAACAAGUUGCCUAAUAUUGUAUUUCAUCUAUAUAUUUUGCAUAGUCUCUAAAGUCACCCCCCCUUUAUGUGGCUGCAUUUAAAAAGAGGAAGCUAAAGGAUUAGUUGUCAAUCAUCUUUUUGAUGCCAGUGCCAAAUGUACUUGAGCAUUUUCAGCAGUAGAUUUAAAUUACAAGUUGUUCCCAAGUUUUGUUCUAUUAUAUCACUCAAAAAUUGAAAUAUUUCAGUUAGUUUUUACAUCUACAAUAACUUGAAGCUGCAGCACAGCAUUGGGCUUGCCAUCAGGUACACUUGGGACUGCUCCUUAAAAUCCUCAAGCAAGCUUUACAGAGAAUGGCAGGAUUCAAGCCUAUAGGUAGGGAGUAGUGAGAAGCAUACCUUGCAUCACCACAGAGCAACACCAGCAGGUGUGACUGCAUCUCU